AUGAGAACACUUGUUCAAGAAUAUUUACUUGCGCUUAAUUCUCAAAAUGAUGGUUUACGUAUUGUAGAAGAGUUUAUUAAACGAAUGCAUGGUCCAACAAUGAUUUGUCCAUUUCUACGUGUUCUGUCAAAUUUGAUUUCUGUUUGUCUUGCUGGAAUUCAUCAUUUUUUUGAAGAUCGAAAAAAAUUUCUCUUGGAAGAUAAAGAAAAUUGUCGAGCAUAUGAAGAAAAAACUGAAAGUCAAUUGAUAUGUUACACGAAAAUUUUACAAACAAUAACAUGCAAAAAUAUUGUUAAAAAUUUCGUUGAAGAUACACGAUGUGAAGUUCAUCGAACAGUAUUAGGUAUUCGUAAAGGUAAAGACGGAUGGUUUGAAAUGUUUUGUUUGAAUGAUAUUCUUUGUAAUGAUGACGGUGAAACGUUUUCACUAAUGCUCAGUAAAUUAAUUUCAUGUUGUUGUCGAAGAAAACGUUUCUUAUUAAGUAUCAACAAAUUAUUAUCAUCUUUAAUGCUACUUGCAUUACGUGAAAAUCAAAGUUCAUUAGAUACUUUAUGUGCAAUGUUGGAUUUGGAUGCAGUUGAAAAUCAUGAUAAUAAAUUACAAUUAAUAUCAACACUGGAAUCGACGCCAAGUGGCUUAAAAAUGUAUGCAAAAGCAUGUGAAAGACAGAGAGCAUUAGAAAGAUUACAACAAAAAGGAGGACCAAGAGAACUAACAUUACCAUCACGUUCGACUGAUGAUGAUUUAGCAAUAUUAUUAUCAAGCGGUCCAUUUGGUAAUCUUGAAUCUUUAAAUUUAGCAUUUACAAAUGUCACAAAUGCUUGUGCCGAACAUUUAAUUAAAUUACCAGCAUUAAAAAAUUUAAAUUUAUGGUCAACACGAUUUGGUGAUGUUGGUUUAGACUUAAUUUCCGAACAUUUAAAUCAAUUAGAAGUACUUAAUUUAUGCGAAACACCAGUGACGGAUAAAGGUCUUACUUAUUUAGCAUGUAAGGUUAUGAUUUUUGUUUUUUUAUGUUUUCCAUACUGUUUAUUUGGAUAUUUAGACUUGAAAAUGUUACGAAAGCUUAAUUUAAAUUCAACACAUUUAUCUCUUUUAGCAAUUAAAGCUUUAAAAGUAUAG